GCAUGGGAGGCUAUUUCUAAAAGAAGAUCACGGAGAGACACCCUACACAGAGACCUGCCAUGGCCGUGGACGCUGCGUCCAGUUUCAGUUUCUGUCGGGCUGCUCUGGAGCACACGCUCUCUGCUGAGGAGCUGAGCUAUGAGCUGCCUCGCCCGGGCGGGAGCCUGACCUGGCAUGACGGACGGGGGCAGCAGGCGGGCGGACGGACGGUGAAGCUGCUUCAGCAGCCUGGGACUGAAGCCCUGCAGCUGCGGCCUGGAGAGGCCUUCACAGUGUACCACACCAGCCCCACGCUCUCCAGUCUUUCCAAGCCUGUGGUCCUGUGGACGCAGCAGGACGUCUGCAAGUGGCUGAAGAAGCACUGUCCCCACAACUACCUGACCUACGUCGAGGCCUUCUCACACCACGCCAUCACAGGACGGGCUCUGCUGCGGCUGAACGGGGAGAAGCUGGAGCGCAUGGGCAUCGCGCAGGAGGCGCUGAGGCAGGAGGUGCUGCAGCAGGUGCUGCAGCUGCAGGUUCGAGAGGAGGUGCGCAACCUGCAGCUCCUCAGCCGAGCUUCCUUUGGAAACCUAUCUUAGCUCAUCCAUCCGUUUGGCAGCUUUCUCUGACACAAAGGAUCUCUCAUAGCUCUGGGAGGAACUGCACAGUCCAGAUAUGUGUAUGGAAGAUCAUGCCUUGAAUUGGAAAGGAGAAAUUCAUUUCUGCCAACUGGGAGAUACAGACUCAAAAAAGACAAUACUGUGUUCAGCAGAGAGACUGAUACUGUAAUAUAGUAAUCCAAUGUUAAGAUUGCUAACAACAGAAAAGCAGAAUCACAUCACUCAGAUUAUCAUCUUUUUGGAUUAUUUACUUGGGGUAGGUUGGUGGAUGUUACAGUUUGGGAAGGUGUUGGAAUGAAACUACCGAGUGGCUAUGAUAUAUCAGCAAUGAUAUAUUCUAGCAGGCCUGCACUUGUGCUCAAAUUCCAGCUAUUUAUUGGAACACAACCAUCAACUCCUUUCCUGUUACUACUCUUAUAUGCCACACAAUACCAUCUCAAACUGUUUCCCAGUGGAGUGCAUGAGUAGCCUUGCUGGCUGGAGGGCAAAAAAGGCUGAACAUUUGUGAAUGUUUAGCAAAUGUUUGUGAAUGUUUAUGCAGUUUGAAUGGUAAAUGGAAAAUGGUUGGCAUUUAUAUAGCGCCUUUAUCCAAAGCGCUGUACAAUUGAUGCCUCUCAUUCACCCAUUCAUACACACAUUCACACACCAACGGCGAUUGGCUCAGUUUAAUGAGGGUUCAUACCUUCAUGACUUCCUGGUCUUUUAUCUGGAUUGAUCUUUGUGACACAGCUGUAGGCCAACCCCAUCAGCUCAUCACCACUGAAUGUGGCUUCUCCAAUACCACAUCCUAACCUUUGGUUUAUAAUGCCAUUUUCAUCUCAGGAUUUAGGCAUAGAAAUUGAUAGCUUUGAUGUUUCUUCUUUAACUGAUGUGUUUACUACCCACAGAUCACCAUACUCUAAAGCAGUUACUGAUUCAGUAUAUUGCCACUCCUUUAUAAAGCCUCACCUUACAAACAAACAUGUAGCGAUUGAAAUAUUCACUCUAUGAACACCUCUACUGUAUAUCUGAUGUAUAUUUGAAUUUGUUGAAAAUACAAGGGAAAAAUGUAUUUAAGUUAAAAAAAUGUAAUGUUUUUAAAUUGUAUUCAAUAUAGGGACAAAUGAUUUCUGACUUUGAAAUGAUGUUCCCUCGCUUGAUAUUUGCUAGAGCAAUAAUUAAACAGGCAUUGAUUGUGAGUCCAGGAAUACUGUGAAAGCAUCUCCUCUGGUGAUGUCUGUUAUUUCAAAACUGUAGAGCUUUCACAAUAAUUGUAUUGUUAUUUCAGCAUUCCUUCUGAUAAUUACUCUUUGAAACAAAAAAGAGCAUUGAUCUCUGAAAGAAUUCCCCAUCUUUUAAAAUGAGAUUUGUGACUCGUCUUCCAUCGCCUUAUUUAUAUACAACAAAAAUAAACGUAUUCAUUCACAGUUAGUAUGCCAUAUGGUGAAGAUUGCCAGAUGAAAGCAAAAAAUACACCGUUUGAAUAGCAAUUGGUUCUACUGGUAACAAGAAGACAAUGAACCACUCCUAACAAAGCUGAAUCGCAUAAAAAUGAUAACUCUUAAUUUUUUAUGUGUAAAUCACUAAUUGAGCAGAUAUGUGGAAUGUUUGUAUUCCAAUUCUUGGUAUUCCGUCUUAUGGCAUAUAAACCUCCAUGAAUGAGAAGUCAGGCAGGUAUAGAAACUGAAAUUCAGUAAUUGUUAUUCUAAUGGAAACCAAUGGUCUGAUGUGAGUUUAGUGGCCAUGUUGAAUAGAAUUGAAUCAGAAUGUAGCACUCAGGAAUGUAAGUCCUGUAGCACUGUGAACAGUCAUUUAUGACUGAGAAACUAAGAUCAUCUGCAUGGACUUCACCUUGUUCAACAUGGUUGUGGCUAUUGGCUGACACACUAUUGGCAAGAUGAGAUUCAUCCUAUAAUAAUGAAUGCAAACCAGUAGGUGGAAUAUUGACGAACGACUCAUGUUUAUGUGACAGUACUACAGUUCACAAAUUCACAGAACACUAGAUGGUGAUACAUGUUUGUUUUCUUAGAAGCACAGUGCGUUGUCCGCCUGAUAUUAUUCAUGUUGCAUUUACAAACUGUAAUUUCCCACUCUAAAAGGGCACAGCAGUCAAAAUCUAUUUUGAUGUGUUGAAUGAAACAUGAACUAGAUGACAGAGCAAUGCUAGCCCUCAGCUGAACCCUGGUUCCCACCUCCGAUGAUGUAACUAUAACGAAGGCAACUGUGUUGUUGAAAGCCAAUGGGAGGAAAAGUAAUCUAUAUAUUUUUUAAAAAGUAUACAUCUGUGUAUCCUUGUGGAAUGCUCAUAGCUCAAUCCUGUACAAUAAGACAAAAUACAGUGAAAACCUGCUCAUUAUCAACCUUGUACUUUCUAAAACAGCAACAGCUCGGCGCAACAGCUCCCAGCUUCCUUCAUUGUAGCUAUAUCAAUGGAAACCCGGAGGGUGGUUUGAAUUUCGGGAACAUAGCUCUCACUCCUCGGGUUGAUGCCUCAGACAUAUUAUAAUACAACAUAUCAAUUAAUAGACUUUGACAGGAGCACCAUGCUAAGAGACGUCAAAGCGGGCGGCGGAUUAGAAUGAAAUGCAGACACAAACCUUCAGCUUCAACUGAGCUCUCACAUGGACCUGUCUUCCAGGCUGUCAUUGUUCCCUGCCUCACUGGCAAUUUUCCACACAAGUACAGUCACAAAUCUCCUCAGUAGACCCUGACUGUUUAGAGGUCAGAGAACCUGACUGUUAAACAGACAAACUUUCUUUUAUAGGGAAACUGGUGUUUUGUUCCAUUUUUGACACAUGAUGCAAAACGCAUAUGAAAAUGUCAUGUAAUUACCAGCUGUACAGGAUAUGGGGAAAUGUUCUUUUUUAAAUAAAAUAAAUCCAGACAUCUCA